ACGAAGGAGAGUGUUGUCUUGAAAAUUGUCGGCGGUUUUUUCUUCGCUAACGAAAGGAUUCCUUCUACUUUUGCGCUGGUUUUGACAGCAAACGGAUUCUUUGUGAACUUCUGCGUUACAUGGACACAUUUUUGUUUUAAUGGCGCCUGGCUAAGCUUCAGAAAUACUCGUGGAAAGUCGGGAGUGCUAGUGUCAGUCUAUCAAGUAUCCUAAACUGUGGUUAAAAUAUGUCAAUCUUAGAACAUGGAAUGCCUCACCAAACACCAAACUAAUACCUCURCCACUUCAAGUUAUUAUCUGUGUCGAGAUUUCAAGGUCUUAACUAACGGGAUAUGGACUUGAAAUAUUUGAAUCAUUCUUAGUUCUUCUGAAUUAUGUCAACGAGAAGUAUUUGUCGUUUGUGGGUCACGAAGCUUUGGGCUGCCCUGGCUACAGCAGUAGUUUUAAUAUUCUUGAUAUCGAGAACCAAUGCUAAAUGUGGCGGAAAAACUACAAUAAAAGAUCUAAAUGGAACAAUUUCUGAUGGUCCAGGAAAGUAUCCUGCAAAUACGCGCUGUGAAUGGCUGAUAGAAGCUCCACGGCCGAACAUGUCAAUAACUCUAGUAUUUGUGGAGUACUCCACCGAAUGCUCCUUUGACUAUUUAUUUAUCUAUGAUGGGCCAUCAUACCGGUCGCCACUGAUUGGGAGUUUCAGUGGAGAUUCGUCUCCAGGAGAAAUAAUUGCUACAUCUGGAAAGAUGUUAAUCAAUCUUUAUAGUGAUACCAAUUAUGUACUAGAAGGUUUUACAGCAAAUUAUACCAUCGAGGACUGUCCCAAGGAUUGCUCAGGCCAUGGGUCUUGCUCCAAUGGGAAGUGCAUAUGCAGUGGCACCUGGCACGGCAAAGCAUGUGACCUGCAUUGGUGUCCAGACAUCUGUAAUAUGGAUACUAAUGGGAUUUGUGAUACAGUCAACCAUCAUUGCGUCUGCAAUCCAGGCUAUGCAGGAGAGUCUUGUUUUCUUUCUCUAGAUUCCAAUAAUGGUGCUAAUUCAUGGUACAAAAUGGUAACCUACUUGGCUCAAUUUACACCUCGUCUAGGCCAUGCCGCAGUAUACUAUAAACCCACUGAUGAUAUUUGGUCAUUUGGAGGUUAUGAUUUAAAUUCUGCAAAUAAUAAUUUAUUGAAAUUUAAUUUGACAACUGCUCAGUGGACCAAAGUAACGACUCCCCAACCACACCCAGCUGGACGUUACUCACAUACAGCCACUUUAUACUACGAUAGUAUGAUAAUAUUCGGAGGACAGUUUGAUGAUGAACAUCUGACCAAUGAGUUAUGGAAGCUGAACCUAACUACACUGACCUGGACUCAACUGUCACCUAAUGAYUCUAAUGCUCCUCCCCCUGUCACUCAACACACAGCGAACCUGGUUGAUGACAAGCUAUACAUCUAUGGAGGUCAAACAACCAAUGAGACCUUUUCCUCAGCCAUGUACAGAUAUGACUUGAGCAAAGCAAACACUGGAUGGAUGGAAGUGAAAUACAAAAGUGGGAAAAACCUUGCAUUACGAGUGUUAGGGCAUUCUUCUGUCUACUACGAGGACAUACGGUCACUCAUUGUCUUUGGUGGAUUUUACUCGGCAUCAUCAAGAGAAAGUGUCAGGAAGAACAUGCUACAUGUAUUUCAUGUUGACGGCCUAGUGUGGACAGAGUGGAUGACGGCAGGGGACUCUAAUAAACCUAAACCACGUGCCUUUCACUCUGCCACAGUUGUAGGGGACUACAUGGUUGUUUUUGGGGGUAACAGACACGAGCAUAAAAAUGAUGAAACUUGUUAUGACAAUGAUGUUCAUUUCUUCAAUCUCAAGUGUCGGAAGUGGACCUCAAACUCAGUCUUCAAUGCCCUUUCAACAGCAUCACCUCAAUCAACAAAACCUCGGCGAGGUAGAUUCUCUCAUGUAGCCCUCUUACGAGAGUCUGUGCUCCUUAUCUUUGGAGGUUACAGUGGAGAACCUUUGGGUACUAUGUAUGCAUACAAGCUUCCUGAAGCCGUAACAGUGGAGAAUAGAACAGGGAUGGCAGUGAUUGCUGGACAUUGCAGUAGGUACUUAACAUCAGAGACAUGUGUUCCUGAUCCUGCUUGUGGCUGGUGCGGAAGUGAAGAAAAAUGCUUUGCAGCUCAAAUGUCCAGUCAGUGUUCUUCUGGAUGGCAAAUGGACAACUGUCCAGGGCCUUGUGGAGUGUACAGUCAGUGUACAUCUUGCUUGACGUGGGGCUCAAGACAUACGCCCAACUGUGGAUGGUGUGUCCAAGACAGUCGUUGCUACCCAGUGACAUCACCAAUGAAUGCAUGCAAGGCACCCACAUCAAGUAAUAUGAACGAGCUAAAAGGCUGGUGGGGUACUAGUGGACAAUUUUUGACUGGAUCAGUAGAUCAGUGCCGAUCAAGUGAUUAUCCACCUGGGAUGAUAGUUAUUUCGCAUACCACACCUCCAAAUACUAGCCACCCUGAUGAAGUUACCAUGGUGUCGACAUCUAAGGAUGUUAUUACUUACGAUGUGCUACUCUGGAACAAAAUUCUCAAGAAAACCCUGGUUGGUUUUGUUUAUCCUUUCAAGUACAGAACCUCCCCAUGGCCUACCUUCUUUCUAAGAGCAAGAACAAGCAAUUCUUUGCGCAUGAGUAACACUUUGUAUCUAAGCAAAGAUGCUAGCAAAAGCAACUCGAUGGAAGUUGCUCACUGUCCCUAUGGAAACAUACAAAGCUCAUGUUCAGCAAAAGCAUUCCGCCCCAACCAAGAUCUCUUUCCCAACCCAGGACAGGAUAAGAAGUACUAUACGAAAAUGGAAGUAGUCCUUCGAAUAGCCAACUCUUAUCAUGGUCCAGUUGAUUUUGAAGCUUCCUGGAAUGGCAGUGGAAAUGCAAUGUUUCUUUUGCCUAUAUCAGGUCACUUUCUACAGCCUUAUACCUCAGGAGGUAGUGAAUGUGCAAGUUUAACAAACUGUAUGCUCUGUAUGACUGACACAAGCUGUGGAUGGUGUCCUCUUACUAACAAGUGUGAGUCCCGCUCUUCGUCCACUGUCUGUCAAGAUGCAGCAGGACAUGUUCGACACCUUGUCCUUAAUGCUACUGACUGCUUUAGAUGUUCAGAAUUUGUUGACUGUGUGUCCUGUGCGCAGCAAAGUCUAUGUGAAUGGGUGCCAAUAGAUAACAUUUGCUUUCGGCAAGGCAGAGCAUCUUCAGCCCUCAUCCGGGAUCCAGCAUCUUGCAACCUGCCAUGUCACCAACGUGCAAGUUGUUCUUCAUGUGUAAGUGAUAAAUUAGGCUGUGCUUGGUGCGAGAAAACCUCAUCCUGUUUUUUGUUCGGUACCUAUGUUGCGCAGUACCCAUAUGGUCAGUGUACCUACUGGGUCGAUAGCAAAACCAGUAACCAAUGCARGAACUGCACCAUGCAUACAACCUGUAAAACCUGCUUGGCUGACAUACAGUGUGGAUGGUGUGGAAGUACUGACAACCCACUGAUAGGCAGUUGUUUUGGAGGAGACUUUGAUGGACCAAAUAAUGGCCAAUGUUCAAGCCUUGUGAAUAUCAACGGCAGCGUUGAUUGGUCGUACUCCAUGUGCCCGGAUGUGGACGAGUGUAGACUGGGACUACAUGACUGCCAUCAUAAUGCUACGUGUCAUAACGUGUAUGAUUCGUUUAACUGCGUGUGUAAUCGUGGAUUUACUGGGGAUGGCAAGAUUGCGUGUAACAAAACUUGCUAUAAUCCUUGCAUCCACGGAAUAUGUGGAUCUGAUUACACAUGUCAUUGUGAUCUCGGAUGGCUUGGAGAGAACUGUACCAUUGAUUGUGGUUGUAACGGACACAGUUCUUGUAACCAGGAUAUAGGCAUAUGUGACAAGUGUCAAGACUACACCCAUGGUAACCAUUGUGAACUAUGCGUGAGGGGCUCAUAUGGUAACGCAACGACUCCACAUGGGUGUAAGAAGUGCAGUUGUAAUGGUCACGGAGAUGUCAUGCAAGGAGAUUGUAACAUGACCACAGGAGUGUGCUUCUGUAAGGACAACACUAUGGGUGAACACUGUGAUAAAUGUUUGCCUGGGUUAAAAGGAGAUCCAAGGAAUGGUGGAAGGUGUUACCAUGAAUGCACUGGCCGAAGUGUCCUAACCAAUGUCACGGAAGGUGAUAUCUCCACAUUCGUAGGUGAAGGUGUGACAGACCGCAGUAAGGCAAGCUGUAUCUGGGUAAUAUCCUCAUCCAAGAACACGAGCCAUAACGUAAUCUAUGAGUCACAACCAGUGCAUGACAGAUCCUCAAUCACUCUUGACUUCCUCAAUAUGAGUCUUGAUUGUCUGACCAACCAUGUCGACAUUUAUGAUGGGCUACCAACCUUUAUUCUAGACUCCCGCUUGCCACACCCACCAGUGUUUUACAAGCUGGGCUCUUUCUGCGGAUCUAAGGAAUCUACGUACAAGAUCAAAGCAACUCUAGGCAACAUGGUGGUGAUGUUCCAAGGAGAUAUCUCGCAAGGACAACCCUCGAAUGGUUUUGGUGCUGUCUUCGCUGUCCAUAGGUGUACAGACAGUUGCUAUGGUAAUCGGCAGUGUGUGAUGACAGGCGCAGGGGAGUCGUGUGUCUGCAGAGAUAGAUGGGUGGGUCCUGAUUGUACUCAUCAAGUCUGCCCAAGUAACUGUAGCUCAUCAUUGGGACGAGGAGUUUGCAACACGGCGACUGCGCAGUGUGAGUGCACCGGUGGCUUCACUGGGCUUGACUGCAGUACCAUCGUACCUCCUGGCAAAGGAUCCUGGGAAACUCUCUACAACAAUCUAUUUCCAAACAGUAGUUACAGUGAUUUAGCUCGAAUGGCCAAUACCAUGGUAAUUCAUUCAAAUAACCUGUGGAUCUAUGGCGGGUUUUCGUUAUCUAUGGGGAUACUAAGUGACGUCAUGAAAUAUGAUGUCAUCGGCAAGACGUGGACUCACGUGACAACUAACCAGUUCCCUGUUCUCCUACCGUCGGCCAGAUAUUUUCAUUGUGCUGUAAUUUACCAGGUAUGUUUGGAAAUACAUUACUUUGGCAUCGUGUCGGUGUCCACUGGUAGAACGAAGCUUGGGAUUGGACAAAAUAACAAAAACAAAGAAAGCAUGGAUUAUGGUGAACAAUGUGUAUUGUUCUACAUGAGCGACAAGAGCUGGUUCAGUCACAUGGACCACAAAGAUUCCCGCGACUCCCUUGACUCAUGGGUCAUUGCACGCUCUACAGGUUUGUAUGGCCACAGUACCGUGUAUCACGCAGCUACUCAGUCUCUAUUGAUAUUUGGAGGGUAUCAAUUCAAAACACAUGAAGUACAGCCCUCGAGUGAACUGUAUUCCUUACACCUACCAAGCAGAACAUGGAACAUCCUAGAACCAUCACCCAACAAUAAGCCGUCACCCAGGUUCUUUCACGCUGCCACCAUAAUAGAUGACGUAAUGGUUAUUUACGGAGGGCGCAGCACCGCUGACCAUUUCUCUUCCGAAUUGUUGGCUUAUCGAAUUAACUGCAACAGCUGGCGUAUGUCUAUUGAUUCAAAUUCCAAUAUGGUGGGUGUUUCUCCUGGUGGCUUGAUCGGCGCCUCUGCAUACUCAAACAUCACCAAGACGUACAUUUUCGGAGGUUUUGAUGGCCAGGUCCAAAGCUCUUUAUACAGGCUUGCGUUACCAGUAGAUAUGUGCACGGGAAUGCGUGACAAGCUUACAUGCACCUCGGCACCUGGCUGCAACUGGUGUGAACUGCAUUAUACGAAUUAUUCCUCAAAUGAAUCAAGAAUAGAGAAUACUACAGCCUGUUACUCUGUCACGUCAGCCUUACCUACUAUGUGUCACGCCACCCCAAAUGUCACGCAUGCUCUGAUUAUUAACGGAACUCUGUGUAAUGUCGCGGCAGCGGAGCAAAGAGAUUGCAGAACAUACACCUCGUGUGGUUCGUGCCUUGGGUCAUACCCGGGUAGUUCAUCAAGCGCGCCGCGGUGUAAAUGGUGUAUGUUGUGUUCAGGGGGUGGUAAAUGCGUUGACAAGGUCAUCACAUGCAGUAGUACCGCUUCCUGUCAAAUAUCACAGAAUCAACGCACAAGUCUGGCUUCGUGUCCUGAAACAUCCUGCCGAGCACCGACCUGCGCAAACUGCUUGCGCGAUUCAUCCUGCAUGUGGACACCACAGCUGAAAUGGAUCAGCGAUACCCAAGAACAGCUGUCUACAAAUGAUGUUGCAUAUCCAUGGAUGUGUUUCAAAACCUCGCUCAAGUCAAAGCAUUCUGGUAUAUCGUAUACAGUAGAAAGUACUCCAGACUGUCCUAAGGAUUGUACACAGUUUGAUACCUGCAAGUUGUGUCUUGACGCAAAGGGUGGUGAUGGUGGUUGGAACGAGUGCCUGUGGAGCGAGACUCAAGGCAAGUGUUACUCACCAACAUACCUCCCGAUGGCCGAAGUGACAGGCUCAGCAGGGCGUAUCCUUCGUGGCUCAUCUCAGCAGUGCAUGCCUGACUGCUUUCGCAAUACCCAAUGUUCUACCUGCAUCCAGAGCUAUAACUGUGGAUGGUGUAGUAAACAAAACUCGAAUGGCCAAGGAUUAUGUAUGGAAGGCGGUCUAAAAGGUCCCUUAAGGGGUACGUGCCAAGGGCGCACCAUUGACAUUGGUCAUAACAUCACCACGCAUAUAAGUACCCUUGAGCAACGUGUGUGGGCUUUCUCGCUGUGUCCUCUUGAGAACGAAUGUCUGAACCAUCGACACAACUGCACGUCUCUACAGAACUGUAUCGACACAGACGAGUCGUAUAUAUGUGUAUGUAAACCAGGAUACAAACAAAUUGCAAGUGAUAAGUGCGAGCCUGUCUGUGAUGACGGCUGUGUUCAUGGCGAAUGCGUCACCCCCAACAACUGUUCCUGUCACUUUGGCUGGACUUCCUCCAACUGUUCCAUCGAGUGCAAGUGCAAUAAACAUGGUCAUUGCCUCAACGAGACAAGCCUUGAUACUUGUGUCGACUGUCGCAAUCACACAACGGGCAAGAGCUGCCAGUUCUGUGCACCUUUGUACGUGGGUAACGCUGUUAAUAAUGGCUCGUGUGAGUCAUGUUAUGAGACAUGUAAUCGAAGUGCAGAUGUCUGUAUGGACAAGGAAAAUCUCACCAAGGCCAUUAACCUGAGUUUAUCUCUAGAUCCUAAAGAGGUCUUAAAGUGGCUCGACUAUGGUCCUAAAACCAUAGACGAAGAUGGAGAAUGUCUUUGCCAAGGAAAAAGCCGAGGAAUCGAAUGUAAACACUGCAUUCCUGGAAACUUCUUUGAGAAUGGUCGCUGUUCAGCCUGUAGAUGUAACGGCCACGCAGACGUCUGUACCGAAGAGGGACGAUGCGACUGUAAAAAUAACACAGAACAGGAUUGCAGAAGCUCACGACCCUGUUAUGAUACACAGUGCGUUAAAUGCAAGGAUUCCACCAAAUUCCUUGGUCGACCAGAAAAUAAUCGUCAGUGUUACUACAAGAUCAUCCACAUGCAAGAAUUCGUCAUCAGCGCAACACCAGGAAUAGACCCGAAUGACAACAGCGUCUCAUCAUCUCCACUCCCUAAAGGAGAAACAGUAAGCUAUGUGGUCUAUCCAAGGUACACUAACGUUGAUAUACGAGCCACAAUCGACGUGUUUCAGGGUGGGAUCGACGUCUACGUGUCGACAUACGAUGGCACUUUUGCUGUGUAUCUUAAUAAGACAACGUGGACGCACGAGAUUGUCGUCUCAAACUCCAUGCGCAAGCGUCGAGACGUCGGAGACUCGUCGGAAUCUCCGAACAUUAUCGAUGUGCACGCAGGUGAAGACAAGCUAAAUACAUUUGUUUAUCUUCACUCGACGUCCGCUAUCAUUCGAGUGCGUAAUGUUAGAAAUCGUUUGAUAUUAACGUUUCCUUACAUGGCGCAUUCCUUAAGCAGUAGUCGGUUUUAUAUGGUAUUUCUUGGCGUUGGCGACGAAACACGUUCAGACACUACUGGUAUAGUGUAUUUUCGCCAGGAUUUAUCCCAGAUAGAUCUGUUCGUGUUCUUUUCUGUAUUUUUCUCCGUCUUCUUCUUGGUCUUGUCUCUGUGUAUUAUCGCGUGGAAGAUCAAACAGUUCCAUGAUCGUCGCAGAAUCGCACAAGUCCAGGAGCGUGAGUUAGUCAACAUGGCUAGUCGUCCAUUCGCUACUUAUUCAUUCUUGACCGACAAAAGCGCACCUCGGAGCUGUUGGAAAAUCAAACGCGAGCACUCCAAGCGCAGCAUCUCACGUAAGUCGUUUUUCCAUCUGAAAGAAGCUUCGAAUCGUCCUACCAUUUCACCCGUCGCUCUGCAGGCCACAGACGACGUCAGGGCUGCUAUUACGACAGUUAUGCUUCAGUUGCCUAGCAACGAGUGCUCAGACUUCCAACUGGCUUUUGGAACGGCCAUAACAACCUCUAGUAGCCAGCAUUCUCUGGGUGUCUUCUUUGGACAUCAGUUAUUAAAUGGACACAAAAUUAACACGAGACAGACAGUCACUGCCACAUCUUAGUACAUUUAAUUUCAAUUCUAAUUGCAUGCUGUGGGUCUUUAUAUUAUGGGAAUCCGAAUUUUCACGUUUUUUUUCUGGGGUCUGACAAAGCGACCAAAGGAAUUAUAGAGCCCGGUUUAAUAAAUGCAUCAUACCAUACCAGUGCAUUAUAUAAAACUCAAUAUAUCCAUAUAUAGGCACAUUAUUACAAUACUCGCACUGAAUACACAAUCUCAGACACACAGGUAGCCCAAACUAACAUUUGGUGCUUGUAAUUUCGAUAGCUUGGUCUACCUGUGUCACGAGUUUCACAGUUUGUCGCGUCCUCAUUCCGAUAACCACAGCUAUCCCUCAGUUUUCAAUAAAUGAAAGGCACUAAGAGCAAGGAUAUUUUCUGUUCUUUUGGAAACAGAAACGAGGGAUUAUAACCUACAGUAAAUCUCGACAAUAUUGGCCGAAAUUUUUUUUCUUUUUUUUUGUAUCUGAAGAUAUCGAAGAAUAUUUUUACUAAAAUUUUUAGUGAAACAAAAUAACUCUGAAUUUUCUAGACAAAUUUUUUUCAUGAAUCGUGUGUCAAUAAAGUCGGGGUUUUACGAGUGGCGCACCUAAAACCCGCUUGCUGUAAAUAGAUUUCAUGUGAAUUGCGAAACGUUUUUUUAAUUCAACUUUAUUUUCUGUCAAUUGUAAAUAUACCUAAAAGAAUUCUUUUGGAUACGAAAUGUUGUUGAGAUGAUAUAUUAAUAAUACUGAAUAUUUUAUUGGUUCAUAAUGAAAUAGAUAUUCAUAUGCUCGCACAAAUCUAAUGACGUCAUUUAGGUGAAGUCACACAGCCGCCAUCUUGAUUGUGAUGUAUCUAGUUUAUGUCAGUUCUUAUCCGCRCAUUGAGUUAGAACAUAGUUAAUGGAGCGGUGGGAACUUGGUUGGAACUAAGACAAGUAGUUAACUUCAUUUUUAUUUGUAAUUUGGUUAAGAUGACUGUUGUGUGAUAUGAAGCCCUUUGUGAAUCCCAAAUCAGAUAUGAAAAAUAUUAAAACUGUUCACUUUGGUGUUUUUA